AGAGAACUUUGUGAAGUGGCAUUUGAAUAAUCGAAUCUUCGAUAAUAAUGGCACGAUACCAUCCUGACCAUGUGACAAUCAGCGCGAACCACAGGAUAGACAUCCUGAGUGGCCCAACACCACAGUUGAAACCCUCGUUGACACCCGAGUCCCUGCCGACGCUGAGCGAGUCCCAAACAAAGGAGCUGGAAAGGCAAUUCAAGCUGUGCAAAAAUCCGGACCCCGCUGAGUUGUCGAUUUUGGCAGUGGAAAUGGGACUGCAAGAAAAAGACAUCAUGAACUGGUUCUCCUACCGACUUGCCCUGUGGAGACGAGGCCAGGGCCUGAACCCGAAUGAGCAGCAACUUUGAGAACGCCGACAAUAAGGAGACGCCUACGAAGAAGCAAACCUGGCUGCAAGCAUUCGGAAGAAAAUCCGGAUGUGGGAUUUCGCGGCUAGCUUCAAUUUCACGCUUCAUUUCUGCUUAUUUUUUUCUUGUCAACUCUGUCCUUUAUUUUAUUUCUCUCUGAUUGAAAGAAAAAGAAACUUGGAGGAGCAUCCAGAAAAUUGACAGGACAGUGGAAGUCCGCAUUUACUCGAAUAUACGAUGCUAUUCUGUUUCAUUGUACUGUACUGAAAAAAAAUAAUCGCGAAUGUAAGACGCUUCUUCACUCAUCUCACUUGGGAUUCGAAUGAAUCCUGAAACAUAUCUAUGUCAUAAUUUUCUCCGACAUCUUCCCGACAGGCUUUGAGCGCGGAUAUUUCCAGCUCAUAAUAUUAUUUAGUCACAGUCUCUUAUUUUUCCAGAGCUUUGCCUCAUUUUGAUUCCAUUAAUUACUGAGGAGGCUAUCAAAAAUAUUCUUUUUCAUUGAGCGAUUGACAAUUAUACACUAGAAAUAAUUUUUAAACAUUAAAUUGCAUUUUCUUUUCAGUUCGAAAGUUAAUUCUGUCCUUUUAUUUUUGGAGAUUAUUUUUUACUUUUCAGUGCGCUAAAUAUUCGAGUGAACGCAUGACGUUUCCUUUAAUCAACCUGGAACCUGUCAGGAAUAGUGGUUUUUUUUUUUCUUUGCUGGAGAAUUAGUUGUUGUGGCCUGUUUCUUAAGGUAGUAAACAAGAUACGCUUCGAAUUCAGGACGGGAAAGUUGCUCCCAGAAAUGAUUAAUGUGAUGGGCUUCGUGAAACUCUAAAAUAAAUAAUUUUCCUUCCCAGUGUAUAAACGACAGUCCACUCUUCGGUACUGUAUAUUCAUCGAACGAGAUGAAUACGUUUAAAAACUUUCAUUUCUCAGUCAGAUUUAAAAACCAACUGUUUUUGCAGCUUUCUGAUAACUACACGCUUUUAGUCAAAGAGUUCAUGAGACGAUCCAGGUGGAAAUAAUUUUUCGUCAUUAUUCUUCGAGAAAUAAAUAUACAGUACUGUAUUCAUAAAUUAAAUUUCUGCGCGAGAGGUGUUCGCGCAAACUUAAUGGCUUUUGGGGUUUAUUAUUCCUCAGGAGGUGCAGUAUAGCAUUGAUGAGAGAAAUUCCAACCAAUCCCGUUUUGUAUUCGAAGUCAGGGUUUAAAUUAUUACCUUGCCUUUUUGAAUUCAUUUUCCACCUGGUGAAAAUUGAGCAGUUUUAUAACCGUGGACGUAUUGCUUCGGUAUCGAUAUUUUUAAUUGCUGGUGUGCGGAAUUCCGUGUGAAUGACGAUUUAGUCCUCGACCCAGUUCCACAUACACUUAUGUGGUUGCCACAGGGUCACGAGACAGAAAAUCCCA